ACGCGAAAACUCUUGAACUCUCGACUCUAAACGAAUUAGUUAUGGACGAAGAAACCUAUUUCCCAGACACCGAUCUGGACUUCAGCUUCACCUCCACCACCACCGACAGGACCUUCCCAUCCUGUAGUGCUCGUUCCAGUUUAGCUCGCUCUAGCCUUACCCUCAGCUUCAACGAAGCAGGCCUUUCCUGCUGCACUACCACCACCACCAGAAAUAUCACCACCCUCCACCACCGCAAAUGGGAUCCACGAUGGUCAGCCAUCAAGGCAGCCAGCAACCUCUCCUCCGACGGGAACCUCCACCUUCGUCACCUCAAGCUCAUUCGCCAUUUGGGUACCGGAAACCUCGGGAGAGUCUUCCUCUGUCAGCUUAGAGACUGCAACAGCGCCACCUUUGCUCUAAAAGUAAUCGACAGGGAUACAUUAAGCAACAAGAAACUCUCACACGUUCAAAUGGAAGCAGAAGUCUUAUCCAUGCUGGACCAUCCUUUUCUUCCAACGCUUUACGCCCACAUCCAAGCUUCUCAUUACACCUGUCUCCUCAUUGACUUUUGCCCCAACGGGGACCUCCAUUCUCUUCUACGUAAACAACCCGGAAAUCGCUUUCCUUUAGCGGCGGUCAGGUUUUUUGCGGCGGAAGUGUUGGUUGCUUUAGAGUAUUUACAUGCUUUAGGGAUCGUUUACAGGGAUCUUAAGCCUGAAAACAUUUUGUUACGUGAGGAUGGGCAUAUAAUGUUGUCGGAUUUCGAUUUGUGUUUCACGGCUGAUGUGGUCCCCACCUUUAAAUUCCAGCGCCGCAAAAGUCGAAAGUCGAGGCGGAACCGUUUCACCGGCGGUUGUUUUGGUUCCGUCGCGGAUUCAGGAGAAGAAGACCAAGUUGAUCCAGAGUUCGUAGCUGAACCGGUAACGGCGUUUUCCAGGUCAUGCGUUGGGACCCACGAAUAUUUAGCACCGGAGCUCGUUUCCGGAAACGGCCACGGUAACGGCGUUGACUGGUGGGCGUUUGGGGUGUUCAUUUACGAGUUAUUAUACGGAACGACACCGUUCAAGGGAGGCAACAAGGACAGCACACUUCGUAACAUAGCUUCCAGCAGGCAAGUAAGAUUCCUCCACGUGGCGGAGAUGGAAGAGGCUGGAAUGGCGGAGGCAAAGAAUUUGAUCGGGAAAUUGUUGGUAAAAGACCCGAGGAGGAGGCUAGGGUGCACCAAGGGUGCGCAGGAUAUAAAACGACACCCGUUCUUCGAUGGGAUCAAAUGGCCCUUGAUCAGGCACUAUAAGCCGCCGGAGGUGGUGGGAGGGGUGGCGAGGAAGAGGGGGCAUGUGGGCCAUGUGAAGAGGAGGCGUUGGUUUUGGAAAGGACUUGAUUAUUUGAUGAUGAGAAAUAGGAAUAAUAAAAAUAGAAAAGCCAAUUACUAUGAUUAUGUUCUUAAUAGUAACAAUAAUAUACCUAGGAAGCAUGCUUAGUGUUGUUUUGUCAAAACUUUUUGUUAGGAGUUUA